AUGGCUAGUAACAACCAGCUCAAUAGGUGGGGGAGAAACAUUGCUGCUCCUGAAUUCAUCCCUUCGCGGGCUCCCAUCGCCAUACCCGAUAAACAAGUAUCACGAAGCAGCGCUUCGCCUCAACCACCAGCACGAAAUAUCGUUGCUAAUCAAUCAUCAUCUUCAUCUACGUCAUCACGACCUCGUAAACAUCAAAGCUCUCAACGCAAAGAAGCAGACAAGGAAGAUAAGCGAAAGUCAGUUACUUCGCAAGUUCCUUCUGAUUCAAUGGCUUUUGAUGUCUCAUUGAACCAUUUGUUGAACUUUACGUUUCCUGAACGUCAAAGGGUCACAUCCUCCACUGUAUCGCCUCGUCGCAAACGCUCAUCUGGAGUUACGGUUUACAACAAGGAACGAUUUGUCAAUGCCAACUUCCGAUUUGUCAUGCGUGACUCGGGUGAUUAUACAGUCAACUUGUUUGAUCCAGACAUUUUGGUCGAGUGGAAGGAUGUAGUGCAAGUGGUUAUUCCCACACCUCAUUCUCCAACUUGUCCUAUAUGUCUGUCGCCUCCGGCACCUGCCAAAGUCACACGUUGUGGGCAUGUCUUUUGUCACGCUUGUGUCUUGCACUAUCUCGCUCUAGGUGAUCGAAAAUGGCGUAAAUGUCCCAUAUGCUACGAUGCCAUCUACUCGAGAGACUUGAGAAGUGUCCGCUUUGACGAAGUAUCCGAAGUCAAGGCUGGAAGUAUCAGUGAAGGCUUUGGUUUGCGUGUAGUCUUGAUGAAACGUAUGGCAAACUCUACCGUGGCCCUGCCUCGUGUACAAUAUAAAGUAUGGUUGGAUGAAGGCGACGCGUCAUCUCCUCCUAAUGUAUAUGAUGCACCAAGGGCUGCCAAGCUCGUUGCUUCACCAGCUGGGUUUGAACGUAAAUUGCUGGAAGGUGAACGAGAUGAAUUGAUGGCCCUUUCUUUGGCAGCUCAAGAUACCGAAGAGGGUAUAUAUAUUGAUCUGGCCCGUACAGAAGUAGAUGCUGCCUUGGCAGAUUUAGAAGCAGUUUCCAAUGCACCAGAUAGACGUGGUCGUGGCUCCAAGAAAGGCAAAGGCAGCACAGUCUCGCCGUCUAGAGGUGGUGGAUCCGAUGCUGUUAAUAAUAACAAUAGUAGAAGUGAGCAACCACUAAGCAGCAAUGGUGAAGAAUCGAGCGUAACUCCAUCCUUUGUGUUGAGUGCCAUGUCCGAAUAUUAUAAUACAGCACCCAUACCUAUUCCAAUCAACGCCACUGAAGGAGUAGUAGGAGCAACAGGAUCGAUUUCUCCCGAAGCACCUAGUGUACAAACUCCAACACCACCAACACCUGGCUCAUCUCGAGAUCCAUUGCCAGCCCAGCCACCGCGAGAUAAUGCAUACUACUUUUAUCAAUCAGCUGAUGGUGCUCAUGUAUAUUUACAUCCGUUGGAUAUCAAAAUCUUGUUACGUGAACACGGUGAAUACUCAAACUUCCCGGAAUAUCUUGAAGUCGGUGUUUUAUCAGUACGUGAAAGUACCGUAGACGAUGACUUACGUAAACGAUGUAAAUACCUGGCCCAUCUGCCAUUAUCAUGUGAUGUCACAUUUUGUGAAGUGGAUCUCGCUAAAGCUGUAUCACAACUCGUAUUGAAUCAAUUUGCUAAAGAAUUGUCGGAACGUAAUCGUAGAUUAAAUGCCAUCAAACGAGCCGAAUUGGCAACCGAUAGUAAUAGUCGACGCCAACACCAACAUCAUCGUUCUUCACCACCAGAAGAUUCAGCAUUGAUGCCCGCUCUGCGACGUGUCUCUCCAAGUGACUUGGAGCGAUACAUACCUACAGGUGACGAAUGGGGAUUACCACCUGGUCGUGAAUUAGGUGAUGAAGAUCUCAACACUGGACGUGCCGAGUCUCCAUCUCCGACCUUCUCUAAUAGCAAUAAUAUUAGCACCACACCACCAUUUGAAGGUGUAUCAUUUGCACGUAUGGCCACAACGAAUUCUACUGCUACAUGGGUACGAAAGCCUCCUGCUUCCAACCCCAAUAAUCAACCACAGAAAUAUAGUAACAAUAGUACAGAUGAUGAAGACUACUUUGCUGAAUCUUGGACCUUGGAUUUAGAAUCUGCUGUACUGGAUGGCAAGUCUGGUGGAAGUAAUAGUAGUAUGAAUGGAGGAGGAAGUGGAAAUGGUAACGGAGGUGGUGGACAGAAGAAUAAGAAGAAGAAAUCGAAGGGUGUGUUGCUAGUAUCAAAUGGAGGAGCGAGAGGACGAUGA